CGCUUCAAUGCACGAUCACACACAGGAGAUGCAGGAACUUCGAGCAACCGCGGUCCACCAAACGCCUCUGAAAUUGCAACACAAUCGAGAACACAAUCCACGUUCCGAGGGCCUCUGCCCCCCGCUGUCUGUGGACUUCCAUUCUGUGGCACCUGCAGGUCUCGGAGGCCGUGUGUGAGAUCAGCUGAUUCGAUGCCGUAGAGCCUGGUGUGGCCUAUCGUCCGCAGGUUCGCGAGAGGCCCCUGGCUUCCCUGCUGCCCCACUGGGAUGGACCCAAACAGCUCCACCAGCUCUGGGGGCGUCUGUUGGCCCACCUGCAGGUGAGCCAGGGACGUCGAUGUGGCCACCGGGGACCACGGUGUCUGGUGCAGACACAUCCAUCCCCGCCCAUCGGUCUUGAGAUGUCCGCGGGGGACGCCGCUGACCUCUGUGAGCGCCGGAAGGCUGAUGGAUUGGGAAGGGGCGGCAGCAGGAGGGUCGGAGUUGGUGCUGGCAGCAGAAGGGUCAGUGACCUGAGUGAGCCCUCGGCCCAGGCCCUCCUUGUCCCGCGCCAAUGGCCGUCCCGAUACAUGCCCCUCGACGAGUGCGAUAACGAUCCCAAGGCACCAUCCUGGUGCAAACAAGGAGGGACCCCUUGUGCCGUGAGGGGUCUGUGGAUAGCGGUGGAUGAGGCACUUGAGGUUGACAUCUGUUGGCCGAGCUCGUAUGCCGUCUGCACCGUCAUGGCCGUCCAGAAUGACCGCUGCCGUGUGUGGCGGCAGUCGAUGACGAGUGUGGAGCUCUAGAGGCGACAUCUGACACCUUCAAUUGAGCCAUCUCUUCGUCGAUGCGUU